AUGGAUACCCUCAACUCGGAUUUGGUACUGCACAUUGCGCAGUAUUUGUCCGUCUUGGACGCUGCUUCUUGGAUGCAGACGUCCAAGCGAUACUACUAUUUGAUCCAUCAUCUCCGUCGUGUCUUAGGUCCUGAAAUGGUUGCUGGAGCUUCGGCUACCCCCGUCUUGACGGCACUCUACGGUCUACGACAAUCUCCCACGCUGGCUCUGUGCUACAACACGGAACGAAGCACGAUCGGCGAAGAAGUGGCGCCUCAGCUUCCUUCCUCCACCGUCAUCUUGGGAGCUGUCAGUCAGUCCAUUCAAACCUGUCUCGAUGGAAAGGUCGAAUCUACGUCACGUGCGAAUGUAUUGCUGGGAAAUUUGGGCACGGAUGCCACCAUUCAGCCAUUUGUCUGGCAAGCACAAGGUCGUCAUGGCAUCGAAUGGGAAGGUGCCGUGGAGAAUCAAGUACGAGAAGCUUUCGAUGCGUCCACCAACAGCUACCAAGUCUUUAUGGUUUAUGGCUGCGGCGAUGGAUGUGGUAUUUUGGAAGAAUUUGUGCAGUGCGUCCAGGCACUCCAUCCACAAGCUGCCAUUGUGGGAGGAAUUUGCGCCUCGGGAUACGUCUCCAAGGCGGUGAAUUUGCAAGAAAUGGAUCGUGGCAUGUUGAGCUCCAAACGAGUGGCCGUACUCAAGCAAAUGUACGUCAAUCUUGGAGGGAACAAAUCGGUUUUGACGACUGUGACCGAAAAACAAACUCUGGUCGAUUAUGUCUAUGAACUGCUACAAUCCAGACCAUACGUACUCGAGCCACAUUUGGAAGAUGCCGUGUUCGGUGUGGCUCUGGGAGGAAAUGUACCCAUUCAAAGUGUGGUUUCCAGAGGUGUUCGACGUUUGACACCACCGGAUACUGUUUUGCAAAUCCAAGAGUCCCGCUUGUUGGGGCCGGCUGUGACUCACAACUGGGAACAUCGACAGAUGCGUACGGUUGCACCGGGUUUUCACGUCGUUGAUACUGUCGUUGACAAGCAAGACGACAAGAAACCAUGGGAUGUCAUGAGCUUCCUUGCGGCGGCCCAGCAACGGGGCGAUUCACCCGAUUUUUGUGGUGUCCGUCGACGCAAAUUGGUAUCCCAAGAAGGAUCAACACAGGCAUAUGUAUAUGAGGAUGUCUACGAGCUGUACGCCUUGGAUUUGCACGGGGACAAACUGAAGAUCCCAGUCAACAAUUCCGACAUGUUCACGCAACGAACGGGUUUGUCAAUGUCUCAUGGCAUGGCGCAGGUUUUGACGACGGCAACAGCGGAUCCACAGCCACACAACAACGGCGACGAUUUGAAUCAAGCACAGGUCGAUUUCUUUGCUCUUGAUGGGGACGCUUGUGCAGAACACGUCGAGACCACAAUGCGACAAUUGCAAGCCCAAGUUGUGCAAAACGAUAAGGAGAAUGUCCUCGCCGCAAUUAUGGUGUCGUGCGCCGGACGUGGGCCAGACGCUGGAUGGUUGUUGCGCCGUGAAAUGGCGGAUGCCAACGCUUUCAGUUCAGCUUUUGGUGCCAAGGUGCCAUGUGUUGGAUUCUAUGCUGGGGGUGAAAUUGGUCCAUUGGCAACUGCGCCAGCCCCCGAUGCUGAUCCAUCUCGCAAUCUGUUUCAACGAGGCAAAGCUGCGCUUCAGGGAUUCACAGCUGUCUUUGCCCUCUUUAUAGCACCCAAAGUGGAUCUGCGGCAUGUCGAUAUUGAUGAUAGCCCCGAGCAUGUUUCUGAGUUUUUUAACAAAAUGAUGGGGCGACAAACGUCCGGUGCGUGGUCAGCUUUAGGAGAUGCCCCUUGCUUGAACUGA